AUGGGUUCUAAAAGAAGACAUUCAAACGACAUGCAUACUCAUCCUGAUCCAAUCAAGACCUCUGUCCCAGAACAUGCUGCAGAAGUUGCUGAAGAAUUAACCAAGAAACACCCUAUCAGUCCAGAGGAACCAAUGGUUCAUCAUGAUGCUGGUGAAUUCUCUGGUUUGACUCGUCAUAGAACCACUGCUGAACAGGCAAGAAAAUUAGAAGAUGGUAAGAUUAACCCAUUUACCGGCAAUGAAUACUCCUCUAAAUAUAUAGAGAUCUUAAAGGUCAGACGUGAUUUACCUGUUCAUGCUCAAAGAGAUGAAUUUUUAAAGAUAUAUCAAGAAAAUCAAAUCAUGGUCUUUGUGGGUGAAACUGGUUCUGGUAAGACCACUCAAAUUCCUCAGUUUGUUUUAUUUGAUGAAAUGCCUCAUCUUUUAAAUACACAAGUUGCUUGUACCCAACCUCGUCGUGUGGCUGCAAUGAGUGUAGCCCAAAGAGUUGCUGAAGAAAUGGAUGUCAAGCUGGGCGAAGAAGUUGGUUACUCUAUCAGAUUCGAAAACAAGACUUCUAAUAAGACAAUAUUAAAAUAUAUGACAGAUGGUAUGUUAUUAAGAGAGGCAAUGGAAGACCAUGAUUUGAAACGUUAUUCUUGUAUUAUUCUGGAUGAAGCGCAUGAACGUACUUUAGCUACUGAUAUCUUAAUGGGUCUUUUAAAACAAGUCAUUCAAAGAAGACCAGAUUUAAAAAUUAUCAUUAUGUCUGCCACUUUAGAUGCUGAAAAAUUUCAGCAAUAUUUCAAUAAUGCACCACUUUUAGCUGUUCCAGGUAGAACGUAUCCUGUUGAUAUUUAUUAUACACCAGAAUUUCAACGAGAUUAUCUAGAUUCUGCUAUCCGUACCGUUUUACAAAUUCAUGCUACAGAAGAUGAAGGUGAUAUUUUAUUGUUUUUAACAGGUGAAGAUGAAAUUGAAGAUACCGUGAGAAAAUUAUCCUUAGAAGGAGAUAAAUUAGUUCGAGAAGAAGGUUGUGGUCCAUUAGCGGUCUAUCCAUUAUAUGGUUCUUUACCACCACACCAGCAACAAAGGAUCUUUGAACCUGCACCUAAAUCACAUAAUAACAGACCUGGUAGAAAGGUUGUUGUAUCAACAAAUAUAGCAGAAACGUCUUUAACUAUUGACGGGAUUGUCUAUGUGGUCGACCCAGGGUUCUCUAAACAGAAAGUUUACAAUCCAAGGAUUAGGAUUGAGUCUCUUUUAGUAUCUCCAAUCUCCAAAGCAUCUGCACAACAAAGAGCAGGUCGUGCAGGUCGUACUAGACCAGGUAAAUGUUUCAGAUUGUAUACCGAAGAAGCGUUCCAAAAGGAAUUGAUCGAACAAAGUUACCCAGAAAUCUUACGUUCCAAUCUAUCAUCUACAGUACUAGAAUUGAAAAAACUAGGUAUUGAUGAUUUAGUUCAUUUUGAUUUUAUGGAUCCACCAGCACCGGAAACCAUGAUGAGAGCAUUAGAAGAAUUGAAUUAUUUAGCAUGUUUAGACGACGAUGGUAAUUUAACUGCACUAGGUAGGUUGGCGUCUAUGUUCCCAUUAGAUCCAAUGCUUGCAGUUAUGUUAAUCGGAUCAUCUGAGUUUAAUUGUUCGCAAGAAAUCCUGACUAUUGUGGCUAUGUUAUCUGUACCAAAUGUUUUCAUUCGCCCUUCAAAGGAUAAAAAACGUGCCGAUGAUGCCAAAAACAUCUUUGCACACCCAGAUGGUGAUCACGUCACUUUAUUGAAUGUGUAUCACGGUUUUAAGUCAGAUGAGGCUUAUGAAUAUGGUAUUCAUAAAUGGUGUCGUGACCACUUCUUGAACUAUCGAUCUUUAGCAGCAGCAGACAACAUUCGUAAUCAAUUAGAAAGAUUAAUGAUACGUUAUAAUUUAGGAUUAAAUACCACUGAUUACGAAUCGCCCAAAUAUUUUGACAAUAUUAGAAAGGCACUAGCUUCUGGGUUUUUCAUGCAAGUUGCAAAGAAGAGGUCUGGUGGGAAAGGUUACAUUACAGUUAAAGAUAACCAAGAUGUUUUAAUUCAUCCAAGCACUGUGAUAGGUCAUGAUUCGGAAUGGGUUAUCUACAAUGAAUUUGUGUUGACAUCAAAGAACUAUAUAAGGACAGUCACCUCCGUCAGACCAGAAUGGUUAUUAGAAUUGGCACCAGCAUAUUACGAUCUAGAUAAUUUCCAAAAAGGUGAUGUUAAAUUGUCUUUAGAGAGAAUUCAACACAAGUUAGAAAGGUUAAGAGAUUUAAAAAGUGAAAAAAAAUCUAAGAAAAGAAAACAUUGA